ACAGGGGGGAUUUCCUUGACAUCUACACAUUCUGUCAACACCACACACUUUGACACCAGCUUCGACCAUGCUUUCUUGUUUACUGUUGAUUGAUGGUCGGCGUUGUUGCUAGAACGAAGAACUGAUUCGUUUAAAAUUCUAUAGAAAAAACCUGACCGCAAAAUGAAAUACGCAUCGGUGAAUGCCAAGUGUCCCUCAUAUACGGAUAGCCAUACAUUAUACGUCGGAGCUCAUACAGGAUCGUUUAAAAGAAUCCACGUACAUGACGACGAUCCUUUUCGGCAGGUAAAUCUUCAGCCCAUUGAGCUGCUCACAAAAACAUCGAAGAUCACCUGCAUGGAAUUUGGAAAUGUCGACCGUACAGAGAUUCUCAUCGGACGCGCGAAUCGGUGCGUAAAGGUGUUCGACUGUUCCAAAGAAGAGAGCAUAUCCAAUUUUGAAAUUGGCACCGAUGAAGUAGUGGGCCUGGGCCGAAGCAACGGUUGCAUUGUGGUCGGAAGCGCUAAUGGUAUGGUGCAAAUUGUAAAGUACCCCGAACCUGUGAAGUUUAGCGUCGGAGAAAACCUUUUCCGACUGCGUCUAUGCCCUGAGGAUGAAACGCGCAUGGUGACCGGAGGCAAAUUGUUGAAACAAAUCAUCAAGCUAUGGGAUCUUGAGACGCAGAAGGUGCUUUUUAUGGCAAAAAAUGUGAAAAAAGUCCUAGAGUUGGAGCAACAUGUUUGGGACAACGAUGUGGUGUUUGUUGAUCGGAAUCUAAUCGCCGCCUGCUCCCGUCACGGUUACGUACGAUUGUACGACACAAGAGGACCGGCAAGACGACCGGUACAAGAUUUCACCUCGUCUGACCCAGAUGAUCAGCUCGCAUUUUCGUGUCUUGCUUCCCACGGUGAUUAUCUGUAUGCCGGAACGACUACCUUCGGCGCGAGAGCGUUCGAUAUACGUAGGAUGAAAAAUCACAUCCAUGUGUACAAAGGUUUUACCGGCACGGUUACAUCUAUUCGAGUUGAUUCGUCUGGCAAUCAUUUGUUCACUGGUUGUCUCGAUCGUUAUGUGCGAGUUCAUCAUGCUCAUCGUACGGCUCUAGAAUACCGAUGCUACGUGAAAUCGAAACCGACGCAGGUGUUGGGUAUUGAAUUUAAAGAACAUCAAGCAAGUACUAAUCAGGAUGAAGUCAACAGCGAUGAUGAUAUUCAAAUCGUAGCAAAUGAGGAAGGGUCCGAUCCAGAGUACGAUGAAAUGUUUUCAAAAAUGAAGACUGUAAAUGAAUCCAAGGCAAAGACACCAAUGAAACGUAAAUCCAUCUCUUCAACAAAGAAUCCAGAAGAUAAUGUUCGACCAGUUAGUCAUAAAAAAGUAAAAAACCUUUCAAUGUGAAUGAACAAGUGAAUAAAAAAGUUCUAAGAGUCAAUUAAGACUCACUACAAUA